AUGGAUCCUGCAUUACGAGAAAUUAUAUUACUGAAUGUUGAUUACAAGCAGUGGGGCUACAUGCACAGAGCAACUACCACUGCAACUACCACUACAACUAUUACUACCACUACAACCACUUUAAUUACCACUACUCUAACAACUACCACUACAACUACCACUACAACUACCACUACAGCUACAACCAUUACUGCUACCACCACUCUCUAUUUCUUUAGCAGUCACUCAGUCAUAUCUCAUGCCGGUGUCCUAACUUUCUCACAGCGAUUUCGAAACUGCCACCCCCCAAACCCCCAAUGGAAGACAAAGAAUGCUCCACAUGUUAACGACAGGGUAGAGUGUACAACUGGCAAGAUAAGCAGUCCUGCAUUCUCCAUGGCUUUCAUGCCAUCGGUGCUUAACUAUGAGUUGUCUGAUCACAAGGAAGUCAAGCACUUGCAUAUCUAG